UUCUUUAAAAAUCUAUUCCUUCUUUGUAGCAAUCUUGAUAAAGCAAUUCUUUUCGAAUUUGAUUUUUGGACGUAAUUUCUAAUAUCAAAAUUGUCAUUUAAAUUUCGAUUAAUUCGUCAUGUAGGAGUGAGGUAUUUUUGGGGCGUAACUAAAUUUAUUGUUAUUUCGAUUUCGAUUAUGCUGCUCGUAACGCUAUUAAUAUAAAACGGUUUUAAAAUGGCACAGUCUAAUUUUAGUGCCGUUGAUGAGUACGGGUUCGAGAGGCAUGACGACUUCGACUAUGAAAGCUAUGAAGAUUUUAUGUCGAAUUACUUAAAGGUGCUGGCGACAAGAGCUCAGAAAUGGGCUACACUUCUCGGCGAAGGAAAGUCGGUCAAACGGACCAACACUGUGAAGAGAUACGUACGAAAAGGGAUACCCAGUGAACACCGUCCUUCAGUAUGGAUGGCCAUAUCGGGUGCUGAAAAAAUGAAAGACCAAUGUCCAGACUUAUAUCAGAAAAUCCUUGAUGGUCCUUUUGAAAAAGAGCUUGUAGAUCUCGUAAAAACAGACUUGCCACGGACAUUUCCUGACAAUAUUUAUUUUACAAAGGAAGCCAACCAUCAGACUCAUUUAUUCAAUAUACUCAUAGCUUAUGCUCACAACAACAGGGUGGUUGGCUAUUGCCAAGGUCUUAAUUAUAUUGCUGGCUUGCUGUUAUUGGCCACGAAAAGUGAAGAAACAUCAUUUUGGCUGUUAAAAGUGUUGGUCGAAAAAAUUCUUCCUGAUUACUACACGAAAACUAUGGACGGACUGAUCGUCGACAUUGAAGUGUUAUCUGAACUAGUCAAAUCUAAAGUACCAGAUGUCCAUCAGCAUGUGAUAAACUUGGGUUUACCAUGGGCUGUCAUCACCACAAAAUGGUUUGUCUGUCUGUUCGCUGAAGUACUUCCAAUAGAGACGGUGCUUCGAAUAUGGGAUUGCCUGUUUUACGAAGGCUCAAAAAUACUGUUCAGAGUAUGUCUGACGCUCAUCAAGGCGAAUAAAUCUGACAUAAUGGCCUGCAAUGACUUUACCUCCCUGGCGGAAUGUUUUAAGGCUAUUGUGAAGAACGCUAGUGCAUUGCACUGCCAUGAGUUUAUGCAGUCAAUUUUCAAAGUACCUGGCACGCUCUCGAACGCAACGAUAAUUAAGUUGAGAGCUCGGUUCGCGAAGCAGCGCCGAGAGCAGCAACAGAAGGAACAGCGGUGAACCACGCGCGCCCUCACUAUGUUUUGAUCUCUUUGUCAAAGACCAAAUUAUUGAACCCACAAUACAGUUUGCUCUAACAGAUUAUUUUGUUAAUUUUUAUACCUUUGUGUAUUGGUAUUUGGGUUUGAAAAUGUUCAAUAAAAUAUGUUUUCGAACAAGUUCUUAGCAAUAAGUCAUAUUAUAUAGACUAGUAAGAAAAGGCUUGGUAUAUUAGUUAUAAAGCUAAUAUGGUUUUGGGUGUGACCUUCUAUGCAUUAAAAUGGUUCAACUUCACAGUGGCGUAACUACACUGAAAGGGCUCAUGGCAAACAAAUCUAAUGGGGGACCCUCCUAAUAAAAACGUAUAUUUAUCCAGCAACCACUUUUUUAAAGUCAUAGCAAAUUGUAAACCAUAGCAAAUUUUUCGAUAACUUUGGGGCCCCUGAAUCCAGGCGCCUGUGUAAUUUAUUGUCAUGUCACCCUAUAGUUGCCCCACUGAUUCAACACUAUGAAGGCACGAAAAGAGGUACAACUGAUGUACUGUAAUGGCUUCCUGCUAUUUAUUUUACCUACUAUAUUUUUAAUGGUAAAUAUUGCACAAAAGAAACUUGCCGUAAAUGCUUCUUUGAAAUAAGUAGAUCCCAACUUUACAUGUUAAUUUAUGGCAUCCAUGAUUAAUUAACAAACAAUAUCAAUUAUUUUGUACAAAUGUAAACAGGACUAGUCCUCGCAAUCCUAACACUUAUCUUUGUGCUUGUCAGCUGUAAUGUACUUGUUUAUUCACAUGACAAUAUUUGAAUGCACAUUAGUCUAGUAUUAAUUUGUUAAGUUAGUUUUAACAUACAGUUUUAUUUGGCGGAUUAAAAUAUUUUAGUAUUACUUUUGUUAUUUCGUUGUUAUUUUUGAUAAUUUAUUGUAUGUACCUGCAAUGAUAUUUAUCUGAAUGGGGAUGCACUUUGUGCUUCGAGUUUACAAAGAACAAUAUAAUUAGUAUGUAUAUCAUAGAAUAGUCCCAAUAUACAUAGAAUCGUAAAUUAAAUUUAGCUUUUGGUAUUUAGCGAUAUUACAAUUUUCUAGUAAUUUUAAAAACAUACAUUUGUUGGUGUUUUAGUAUUUAUGCAACUUUACAUAGCAUCAUUGCGUAUUUUUAUAUUCUAACUAAACAGCAGAAUUAUUUAGUUAAUCGAAAUACGUAGAAGAGGAGCAGGAAUAACUCUGUGACAAUAAUUUCACAUAUCUGUCAAUUUACAGGCAGCAUUAUCAGUGUUGCUGUUAGUGACUUAGCAUCUAUAUUACGUUAGAUAUUUAUUGUUUUUUAUGUUAAAAGGGGGAUGAUUGACUAAGAUUUUUAGUUUAGACAUGGAUUCUGUUAACAAGCAAGUAAUGUCUGUUCAAGAUUAGUAAUUACAGUGAAGUACUUAAUGUAUGCAAAUAUUUAUAUUCUAUUAUCAACAUGACCAUUUGUCAGUUUCUAGUGUUGCUAAAAUUGCUCCUAGCUAUAUUAUUAUGCUCAAUGUAUUUUUGGCUAAAUAUUUUUUUGUGCCCAAAUGACAUUAGCUGUUAUCAUAGAUAUAAAAAAGGCACAUUAGGAGAUAGGGUAACAAUUAUAAAUUUGAAGAUUUGUAAGUGAUUUAGAAUGUAUUUUUGUAAAAUACAGAUUUUUCUUACAUCCUCUGUAUAAAUGUGCUGUGAUUUGGUGGUUUAGUUUGCUGAUAGCUUGAUUGCAGCCCGGUUAGAAGUUUGCCAUACAUGUCUGAAUGUUCAUUGUAAUUGAAUAGAUUAUUGGGAUGUUAAA